AUGGACGAUGACAACAGAACCGCGGACUUGGCGGUCCACGAACCAUCUCCUCGCACGCGAUCAGGCAGCGCAAGUAGCGGCCACAAACGAAACUUUUCGGGUUCCCUCCUCUCGAGACUUUCCUUCCUUCGCGUGAACCAGGCAGCACACACCUCCCUGGACCGACACCACCCAGACAUGGACCACGAUGGCGACGAAGACCUCCACUCCGGUAUGCCGCAGAGCACAGGCAAAGGGGGAACAGCCAGCAGCCGGGCAAUGUCUGCCGCUCUCGCACAACACCGAACGCGUCGCCGCCGCGGCUCCCUCCGCAAAACCGCAUUGCUAGGCACCAGGCUCGAAUCACGCGACAAAAGAGCCACCGCCAAAGCCGCCGAAGCUCUCGAAGCCCUCCGCGCAGAACCCGGCCGACUCCCCGCCGCCGACCUACAAGCCGCUAUAAAACUAAAUAAUCAAAACUCCUCCGAUAAUGGGCCUACGCGAUACUCGCCCCGCGAGAGCGAGGCCUUCGACGACGACCGCGACGAUGCCCAACAGCCGGCCUGGUUCAGCGCGGCAAAUACCCAGAAACCCAUCCGACCCUCAAUAAGUCGCCGACGCCAGGGCCUUGCACAGCAUAAUCUCCAAGAACCAGCCACUGACGACGAGGACCUCAUCUCCUUCCCUCACCUCCACUCGAAUUCAAAUCCCCCAGCGGCCGGCACGGGCACCAGCCCCAAGAGUUCUGCAACCGGUUUACACAUUUCCCCACCAUCCUCCAGCUCAGGUUCAUUCUACUCGCUUCAACCUCAGCCCGAACCGACAUACCUACCCGUCCACCGACACAAGUCCUCGCCCCUGGUCACACACCCGGUUGAGUUGAAGAGCAGCCCCGAUGUGGACGUGGACUACUCUGAGACCGAGUGGUGGGGCUGGAUUAUACUGAUUGUGACAUGGCUCGUAUUUGUUGUGGGAAUUGGAAGCUGUUUUGAGGUUUGGAGCUGGGCUUGGGAUGUCGGGGAGACGCCCUAUGCGCCGCCUGAGUUGGAAGAUGAUCCUACUUUGCCGAUUGUCGGCUAUUAUCCUGCACUUAUCAUUCUCACAGCUGUCAUGUCUUGGGUUUGGGUUGUUGUCGCAUGGGUUGGUAUGAAGUACUUCAAGCAUGCUAAUAUAUCCGGGGAGGAUAUUUGA